AUGGGAGGCAACACAGCUAAUGCAAUAGCAUGUGUCUGCGACACCUGUGGAAGUACGGAUCACGCUCAAGACACCUGCCCCUUUGGGCCGAUACAGGCACAGAUGAAACAACUUGAGCAGUGUGAUGCAAUAACCAACUACAAUCAGAGGAUUGAAAAGAUGCUUGAGGAAGCUCUCUUAGAGAAAAAGGAGAUGAGAAACGAGAUCAAGCAAUUGACUCAGAGGCUGGAAAACUCUGAAAAACACCAGAAGAUGCAAGACAGCCAGAUAGCUCAGUCCGUCUCAAGAGCACAGGGUACAUUCCCAGGGAAGCCAGACUUAAAUCCAGUGGAACAUUUCAACCGCAUUGAAUUGAGGAGCGGAUGUACUAAUCAGACGAUCCCUUUUCCUCAGAAGCUUAUAGCAUCCCAGAAAGAUGAAGAGUUCAACUGCUUCCUGAAGAAGGUCAAAGAAAUCUGCAUAGAAGUACCACUGAUGGAUACGCUGCACCAAAUGCCGAAGUUCGUAAAAUUUUUAAAGGGAAUAUUAUCUAACAGAAGGCAGAAGGGCGACUUCGAGACUGUAGCAUUAAUAGAGAAUUGCAGCGCUCUCCUUAUGGCGAAUUCUCCACCAAAGCUUCAGGAUCCAGGAAGCUUCCCCAUACCGUGUAAAAUUGGUUUCGAACUCAUACCGAGAGCUUUCUGUGACUUGGGGGCCAGCGUCAGCCUACUUCCGUACACUUUAUGCAAGAAGCUGGGCCUCCAGAACAUUAAAUUGACCACUAUGGCACUGCAAUUAGCUGACCAUUCAUGCAGAUAA